AUGAAGAGGCAGUAUCGAAGGGACCAAGCAACUUUUGGGAAGAAAGCAAAGGGAUGUCUUGGUUCUUCCCGGGACCGAACCGUGCAGGCCGUCGCAGACCCCGACGGGCAGAGCGGGCCGUGGCAGUGUCGCCUGCAGGGUGACCGCGGCGCCCUGCGAACACCCGAGGGGCACAGUCGCUGCGGGGGGUUGUUCUUUGUUCAGACGGUUGGUACAAGGGCUCGCGCCCUCCUUGCCCGGCGGGUGCUGCCCGUCUGGCCCCGCGCGUACAUCACGUGCAACGAGUACACGCAGUUCUAAGGAGGGAAGAAGGCGGAUUUUCCACGAACUAAUUUUAGACGUUUAUCGUUCGAUCACUGCAGUUUGUCUCUGCAGCCAUUUGAGUACCCAGUUUGCACCCAAGAUGGGACAGUCUUUGACAUACUGAGCAUUCUUCCUUGGAUAAAAAAGUAUGGAACCAAUCCAAUCACAGGAGAAAAACUGGAUGCCAAAUCACUUAUAAAGCUAAAUUUUGCUAAAAACAGUGAAGGUAAAUACCACUGUCCAGUGCUGUUCACUGUAUUCACCAAUAACUCCCAUAUUGUGGCCAUCAAGACAACUGGAAAUGUAUUUGCCUAUGAGGCAGUUGAGCAGCUGAACAUCAAACCGAAGAGCUACAAGGAUCUUUUGACAGAUGAGCCCUUCACUCGGCAAGACAUUGUGACACUGCAGGACCCAACAAACUUGGAUAAAUUCAACGUCUCUAACUUCUUUCAUGUUAAGAACAACUUAAAAGUAAUUGAUCCGGAGGAAGAAAAAGCAAAGUUAGAUCCAUCUUACUAUUUGAAAAAUACAAAUACUGAGACACGAGAGACUUUACUGGAACUUUAUAAGGAAUUCAAAGGAGAUGAUAUUCUAGCAGCUACCAUGAAGGCUCCUGAAAAGAAAAAAGUGGAUAAACUGAAUGCAGCCCACUAUUCCACUGGAGCAGUAAGUGCUUCCUUCACAUCCACUGCGAUGGUGCCAGAAACCACUCAUGAAGCAGCUGCUAUUGAAGAGGAUGUCGUAAGAUACCAAUAUGUGAAGAAGAAGGGCUAUGUACGACUUCACACUAAUAAAGGAGACCUGAACUUGGAGCUGCACUGUGACAUGACUCCUCGAACAUGUGAAAACUUUAUCAAACUAUGCAAGAAAAAUUAUUACGAUGGAACAAUUUUUCACAGAUCAAUUCGUAAUUUUGUGAUCCAAGGAGGUGAUCCAACUGGAACAGGAACAG